AUGGAAGCUUUACCAACAACUUUCCCAGUACCACACGUACGUAUGCCAAAUUCAUAUAACAUCAAAAUUUACACAUUCAUUCGGGAGCUGUAUCAUAUCAUAUGCAAAGUCAAAAGAACAGGAGUUGAAAAUAAUGGAGUUAAAGAACAAUAA